UCUCUGUACACAGAGACUUCUCAGAUAAUUUGGACUGGACAGAAAACACAGAAGGUACCUACUGUGCAAUGGCAUCAUAUAGCCUUUUAGGAAUAGCUAUGAUGCUACUGUUCACUAUACAUUUUUCUGUUGAACUGAGUAUUGCAAGCAAUCGUGACUGUUGCAUUUCAUAUGCUAAAACCUCAAUUCCAUGCUAUCGUUUGAAAGGUUACACAAUCCAGACCAACAAAGACUCCUGCAACAUUGAUGCAAUUAUUUUCCACACAAUUAAGAACAUACGCAUCUGUGCAAAUCCUUCUGAUAAAUGGGUGAUAAGCAGAAUCACUUGCCUUAAGGAAAAAGCUAUGAAGCUGACUUAAAAGUCAAACAUGUUCUAUUCUGUCAUGAAGACAAUGCUGUAAGGAAAUAACAGUAUGGAUUCAGAAGGCUUCCUUGGGCUCUUCACUGCUGCUUUACUUGCACCAUUCUCUGUUAUUGGAGCACUUCCAAAAACUCAGCUGCAGUCAUCAUUGUCAUCUUUGUCCUGGUUAGAAAAAUAGCUCUUCAGUUCAUUUUAUCUUUACAUAUAUACUAAUUUCAAAUUAGAUUAAAUAAUACAGUAUAUCAUGAUUUUUGUUUCCACUUCCACUCCAGUUCAUUUUAUCUUUGCAUAUAUAUUUUUCUCAAACUUCUGAAAAUUGAAAAACCGGAAAGGGGUUGAACAUUUAAAGUUAGAUUUACUUAAAUGUCUUGAUAAAACUCUAUAUCUUAUUAAGCAUUAUUUUUACCAUAUUUGGAUACCUCUGAAUCAUUAAAAAAUAAUUUGAAAAAAUA